AUGGCAUUUUCAAACGAGGCAGCAUGGAUCGUCACAGAAAAAGCAAGGCCCUUCAAAGUCGAAGCAGCUCCAGAACCACACCCCCUAGAAAACGAGGUUGUUAUCAAAGUCGCCUACGCCGCCGUUAACCCUACAGAUUGGAAGAUGCAAGAAGCUCCAUACAUGGAACUCCAAUAUCCCUACAUUUUGGGAACAGACGUCAGCGGAACAAUAGUCCAACUCGGGUCCAACGUCACCCGAUUCCACCUCGGCCAGAGACUCACAAUAGCCAGCCACUCGGGAUACCAGCGGUACACGACCUGCAAGGAAAUCCUUGUAUCUGCAGUUCCCGAUUCCCUGCCACUGGGGAACGCCGCUGUCCUCCCCUUGUCGAUUUCCACGGCAGCCAGUGCGCUCUUCCAUUAUCUGGAGCUCCCAUACCCAACGCUGAACCCCAAGCCCACCGGCAAGACACUUCUAGUGUGGGGCGGUAGCUCUUCCGUGGGCAGUUCGGCGAUCCAGCUUGGUCUAGGAGCUGGUUUCGAUGUGAUCGCCACUGCUGGCAGCUCUAAUCUUGAGUAUGUCAAGAAUCUGGGGGCCUCGGCCUUCGAUCACCGAGAUCCAGAUGUCGAAGAUAAGAUCCUGCAGGUUCUGAAGCCCGGUGAUGUUGUUUUCGAUCCUAUUAGCACGGAAAAUACGCAGAGAUCUUGCGGUAGGAUUCUCGGCGCUAUUGGGGGUGGGAAGCUUCCUUUGGUGCUGCCUUCUCAAUCGGUUGUGCCUGCCAAUGUUGAUACGUUUUUUGUUAAUGGAUUGGUGCCGGGUUUGACUAACUUGGACGUUGGGGAUGCAGUGUGGCGUAACUAUAUCCCCCAGGCGUUGGCGAGUGGGAAGUUCCAGGCCAAGCCAGAUCCCUUAGUCCUCGAGGGAGGUCUAGAGAGGGUUCAGGAGGGUGUUGAUCUCCUGAAGAAAGGGGUUUCGGCGAAGAAGAUUGUUAUUGAGAUAGAGAAAGAGUAG